CCAGACCUUGUCCUCCAUCAUGGAGCCUCUCCCAUCACUGAUUACAAUAACCCCCGUCUCUUUCCUGGGCUGUAUCCCACACUCUAUCCUUAUGGCUUCGGGGGAUUUGAGGACCACUCUCGAGUCACUGCUUUGUCUAUUGAGCGUCAUGCCAAAUACUUGCUCAACUUGUCCGACCGUUCGUUUCGUUAUCAUGAUGCUUUCAUUUUUGUCAUAUUGAACAUCUUGCAGCGCCGCUGUGCACAUCUACAAACCCAUUUUGCUGUAAACAAGUCUAACUUUGAUUUGGUAGCUCGCAGUUUGACCAGUGUAUCAGAGAAUGUACUUAGGAACCUUGCUGAUCGUCUCGAGCAAGAGUGCAAGUUGUCUGAUCUUACUCCUGAGGAAAAGAGUGCAUUCGGAUUGCUGCGGCAAGUCAGUACCAUGUCUACGCGUAUACCAGGCUCGCAAGCAUCCAAGAUUUUUGUAAGGAAUGAGAUCCGCAAUUAUUUUGGUUAUUUUGGCUUACCCCACAUUUUCUUCACCUUCAACCCGUCUGCUGUGCACAGUCCGAUAUUUCAAGUCAUGUAUGGAGACCAGACUGUGGACCUUUCUGCACGUUUCCCUUGUGUACCUUCAGGUCAUUCAUGGGCUAUUCGUCUCGCGCAUGAUCCAGUCACCGCUGCCGAAUUCUACGAGUUCUCGUUUAAGUGUCUGUUUCGUGAUCUUCUGGGUUGGGACUUUGACAAUGACUGUGCUCUUGAUUCAGGUGGCAUUCUUGGCCACAUUCGUGCAUUCUAUGGCACAAGCGAG